AUGGUCGAGAAGCUCUACGUCACCUACAAUGAUGUCCACAAGCUCUGUCAGGAGUCCGCCGCCCACAUCCUCGACAACUUCAAGCCCCACCUCAUGAUCGCCAUCGGCGGCGGCGGCUACGUGCCCGCCCGCAUCCUGCGCUCGUUCCUCAAGAAGACCGGCAGCCCCAACAUCCCCAUCCAGGCCAUCGGCCUGUCGCUCUACGAGACCCUCAGCGACACCGUCGUCGAGGAGCCCGGCAAGAAGGUCACCCGCACCCAGUGGCUCGACCUGACCAGCCUCGGCGAGAUGAAGAACCUCAUCGGCAAGAAGAUCCUCAUCGUCGACGAGGUCGACGACACCCGCACCACCCUCGAGUACGCCGUCAAGGAGCUCGAGAAGGACGUCGAGGCCGCCCGCCAGAAGCUCGGCCUCGAGGGCGAGGACGCCAAGACCGAGUUUAGCAUCUUUGUGCUGCACAACAAGAACAAGCAAAAGAAGGGCACCCUCCCCGCGGAGAUGAUGGACAACGGCCGCUACAUGGCCGCGCGCACCGUCGGCGACGAGUGGAUCUGCUACCCCUGGGAGGCCGAGGACAUCGAGGAGCACGACGAGCUCUCCAGGCAGAUGAAGGCGAAGCAGGCCAAUGGCUCCUCAUGA